AUGGUCCAGGGCACCCUGGAGCCUGAUGGCCUCGGCUGGGGCUGGGACGGGGAGGAUGACUGGGACGGCGCGGUCCUGACCCUGCUGGCGCUGGCUGUGGUGGGCGCCACAGCACUGGCCUUGCACUGGUUUGGCUCUGGGCAGGACCAGGAGGCAGCAGGACCCGCACCCACAACCCCCGGGGCCCAGCCUUCUCAGGCGGGAGGAGCCAGGCCAGCCCUGCCCCUGAAGUCCAAGGUCAGUGGUGGUGUCGAGGGACACAGCUCAGGGCAGGGGAAGUUAGACCCUCCGGGACGUGGCCAGAGGAGUCUGGCUGCACCAGGGACCCAGGGUCAGAAGCUCUGGGGAGCUGGAGGUCUGGCUGCCACAGCUCUACCUCCACUCAAGACACCUGGCGAGGUGACCCUUGGAGGGACCUUGAGGCAGCAGCAAGGUCAUGCCAGUGCAGGAGCCCCCCAAAGUCAAGGAAGGGAGCCUCUCAGGCCAGGUACUGCCCCCCUGGGUCAGAGCAAAGUAGGGGGGGUACCUGGCCCCAUCCUGAUACGCUUCACCCCUCGGAGUCCUGGCAGAGAGCUGGAAGGACGAGUGAAGGCAGGAGGCGUCCAAGUCAAGGUGCCAACUCACCAGAGCCUGCUCCCCAUCACAGAACAGGACACCAGUCCCUGGCAACAAGGUGCAGGGCGACCUGGCUCACUAGAGAGAGGCCCCGGCUGCCGGCGGUGGCAGGUGGACCCCAGCUCAGGAGAUAGGAACCGCCACGUCCCACAGCUGGCCUCCCUGCGCCUGGGCGCUGUGACCCCAACCCCGGUCCCAGCCCCCGCCCCCGCCCCAGCCCCCACCCCAACCCCGGUCCCAGCCCCCGCCCCCGCCCCCGCCCCCGCCCCAGCCCCAGCCCCCGCCCUAGCCCCCAGUAGUGGGUCAAGGCUUAUGACACAGGAGCACAGCGUGGCCCUCAAGGACAAGCAGGAGGGACAAAUCCCAACCAGCUGGGAAAACCUUAUUUCCAUGGUUCUUAGGAGUCACCCUUUCCCCAGGCAAGACAGACCCCAAGGGAGAGCCCCAAAGGCAGCUCUCGAGAGCCCCAGAGAUCCCAGCACUGGUGCGCCCUCUGAGAACAGAGAGUCUGGUUCCCCGCCUGAAGGGGCCGCCCCCAGCCUGGAGCUCAGGGAAGGCUCCUCAGACGGGCCGGUCACAGGGGCAGACGCGGGGGGCCUGGCCGAGGCGGGACGGGAGCAGCCGCAGAGCCGCGUGGAGACCGAGGAGGCUCCCGCUCCAGACCCUCCCUCAGGUCGGAGGGGGGAUGCCGUCGAGGAGAAGCGAGAAGACCCUGUGCCGCCCGGCGCUGCCGGGCCCCGGGCCCCCGCCCCGGCCCCCGAGCCCACGCAGCCUGGCCCCGAGCCCACGCAGCCUGGGAGGGGCGCCUCGCAGCGGGGCCCGCAACCGCGGCGGCGCAGCGCGUGCGGAAGAGCCGAGAGCGCCGAGCGCGGGGUCGGCCCGGCCGCGCCGCGGAGACGCCCCGGAGAGGCUCGCGGGGAGCAGCCCGGCGCGGCGGGCAGCGGGCGGCCGUGCGCGGAGGCGCGGGAAGAAGCCGGGAAGCUCCCGGGGCUCCUGCACAGGUCGGGGAGCCGGGGCCUGGCCCGGGAGCCUCGGCCACCGCGGCCGGACCUGGGCAACUGCCUGGACGUCCUGGCCUUCGCCCAGCAGCACGGGGAGCCCGGCCUGGCGCGCGAGACCUAUGAGCUGAUGAGCGACAACCUGCUGCGCGUGCUGGGGGACCCGAGCCUCUACCGGCAGCUGAGCGGGGCGGACCGCGAGCGCAUCCUGAGCCUCCGGACCGGCCGGGGCCGGGCGGUGCUGGGGGUCCUCGUGCUGCCCAGCCUAUACCAGGUGAGCCGCUCCGGGCUCGCCAGGGGCCCUUGCGCGGAGGAGGCUCCUGCGGAGUCCGCGGCCCCGCCCCCCCGCCCGCACCUGCACGUGUUCAGCCCUCGGGAAAACUCCUGGCGGCCCCUGACCCAGGUGCCGGAGGAGGCCCCGCUGCGGGGCUGCGGCCUCUGCACCAUGCACAACUACCUGUUCCUGGCGGGCGGCAUUCGCGGCUCCGGCGCCAAGGCCGUCUGCUCCAACGAGGUCUUCUGCUACAACCCUCUGACCAACAUCUGGAGCCAGGUGCGGCCCAUGCAGCAGGCCCGCGCCCAGCUCAAGCUGGUGGCCCUGGACGGGCUGCUUUACGCCAUCGGUGGCGAGUGCUUGUACAGCAUGGAGCGCUAUGACCCGCGCACGGACACCUGGACCCUGCGGGCGCCCCUGCCCGCAGGCACCUUCCCUGUGGCCCAUGAGGCUGUGGCCUGUCGUGGGGACAUCUACGUCACCGGGGGCCACCUCUUCUACCGCUUGCUGAGGUACAGCCCUGGGAGGGACGCGUGGGAUGAGUGCCCCUACAGUGCCAGCCACCGGCGCUCCAGCGACAUGGUGGCGCUGGGAGGCUUCCUCUACCGCUUCGACCUGCUGCGCGGCGUGGGCGCGGCCGUGAUGCGCUACAACACGGUGACGGGCUCCUGGAGCCGGGCGGCCUCCUUGCCGCUGCCCGACCCUGCCCCACUCCACUGCACCACGCUGGGCAACACCAUUUACUGCCUCAACCAUCAGGUCACGGCCACCUUUACGGUCUCUGAGGGCACUGCCCAGUUCCAGGCCAGAGAGCUGCAGCCCUUUCCUCUGGGGAGCAAGGGGGUGCUCUGUCCAUUCAUCCUGACUCUGCCUGCCACGGACCCGCUGCAGACGGCCCUCUGA